GGGGCAGAACAGUUCAGGACAGAGUGCAGUGCAGACAGCGCAAGGAAACACAACACCGGCUGCACAUGAACUGACUGCACCCGUUAAUCCGCGCCUGCUGCCGGUCUCCCCUGAACUUUACGUGCUUCAGUAGUUUCGGUAGAUCUGAACUGCUCUUAUUUACAGUGUUACAACGUUUGCACGAUUUCUGCACCCACAAGCGUUCCAACGUUCUGGAGUUACGAGGUCGUUUGCAGUUAAGAUCAACCAACAGCAACAUGAGGGCUCAAAUAGAAGUGAUUCCUUGCAAGAUCUGUGGAGAUAAAUCCUCGGGGAUUCAUUACGGAGUGAUCACCUGUGAAGGAUGCAAGGGAUUCUUUCGUCGUAGUCAGCAAAAUAACUCCAUGUAUUCAUGCUCGCGGCAGAGGAACUGUCUGAUCGACCGUACAAACAGGAACCGGUGCCAGCACUGCCGUCUGCAGAAAUGCCUCGCACUCGGCAUGAGCCGCGACGCUGUGAAGUUCGGCCGCAUGUCCAAAAAGCAGCGGGACAGCUUGUACGCUGAGGUACAGAAGCACCAGCAGGCUCAGGACCAUGUGGUCAGCGUAGCGCCCUCCAGCAGGGGUGAGGAACCCGGAGAGAACAGCCAGGACGGACACACUCGGACCUGCAGCCGCGGCUCCAGCGCGGUCCUCAGCGACCUCGACGAUAUCGGCGGCCUGCUGUUCGACCUCCCGCUCACCCACGAGGACGAGUACUGCGGCCUGGAGCUGCUAGGGGUCCCGGGGGCCAUCGGUGAGGGGAGCGGCACGGAGGGCAACUCGUGCUCACGCGGCGUGACGGGAUUAAAACAUGAGCAUCAUUCACACUCACCGCUCGGCGAUGUGCUGUCCCUGCCCGAGACAGAGCGAAUGGCUCAGAAUGUUCUGAAGUCACAUGUGGAGACGAGCCAAUACAGUACAGAGGAACUGAAACGCCUCACGUGGAGCGUGUACACACCAGAGGAGACACGGACCUACCAGAACAAACCGAUGGAAAUGAUGUGGCAGCAGUGUGUGGUUCACCUCACCAACGCCAUCCAGUACGUGGUGGAAUUUGCUAAACGCAUCACAGGAUUUAUGGAGCUUUGUCAGAACGACCAGAUCGUCCUUCUCAAAGCAGGUUGUCUGAGUGUGUUGUUAAUUCGGAUGUGUCGAGCCUAUAACCCCAGUAACCACACGCUGCUGUUCGACGGCAAGUCUGCGAAUGUUCAGCUCUUCAAAGCUCUGGGUUGUGAUGAUCUGGUGAAUGCUGUAUAUGAACUGGCCAAGUCAUUAAGUCGCUUGCAGCUUACAGAAGAGGAAACGGCUCUGUUCAGCGCCACCAUCCUGUUCUCUCCGGAUCUGCCGUGGCUUACAGACCGGCUGCAGGUUCAAAAGCUGCAGGAGAAAGUUUACCAGGCGCUGAACCGCUGUCUGAACAGAGGAAGCUCCAACGAGCAGAAACUCAACAAGAUGCUGGCUAAGCUGCCGGUGAUCAAGUCCAUCUGCAUCCUGCACAUCGACAAGCUGGAAUUCUUCCGUGUUCUUCACCCUGAAACGGCGUACAGCUUUCCUCCACUCUACAGAGAGGUGUUCGUGAGCGACGGCACCUUCCCCGACUCCGGCGGGAGCUAAACGACAGGCUGGACCCGGGCUGGUGCUCAGGAGAGGACGACUGGAUGUAAGACUGAACUAGAGAGAGGAAGACGUAGGGAUGAAACGAGGAAGAGGAAGAUAACAUGCCAGCAGCUCACUGACAAUCUGCACUGGACACUUUAGGACUCAGAAUCCCACAAUUCCUUUCUACAAGCACAUUUCUUUUUGGGUUCUAGCGGUGUGGUACCGGCUGUACAGGGGCAGGUUUGUAGGGUCGUUCUAGUUGCUUGGAAGAAUAUACUGAUACUGUGAUUCCUGAGAAGAAAAUACAGAGGGUUCAAAAGUAUUUGCACCCUUUCUGAUUGCUACUGUUAUUGCAUAUUUGUCACAUUGAACCAUGGCAGAUCAUUAAACUUAAGUUGGUUUAAGAUGCCCAGGUGGCGCAACAGUAAAUAACACUAACCCAUGACCACUAGGACACAAGGUUCGAAUCCCCAGUGGUGCCAUCGGCCAGUCUGGUGUCUGUAGACAUGCAGACGUGAUUGGCUGUGUCUGAGGGGGGGUGUUUGAGGCGCCACAAUGGAUUGGCGUCCUAUCCUGGGUGUGUUACUGCAUUGUAUCCAGUGAUUUCAAGGAAAUCAGACCCACUGUGACCCUGACCAGGAUAAAGCGGUGGGAAAUUUGGUUAUCGCGUGUUUAUUCUUUUUGAAGUAAAAGAAGAAGCUUUAUGAAUGGACACUAGUGGACGGGUGGUGCAGCCUCAGGGACGAGACAGAAUGAUGCUUCAUUUCUAACCAUCAGUGAUUUUAUAUUGACUAAGGGACCAUUAUAGUGACAUAGUUUAGCAUUUAUCAUGUUAAUCAAUGCCCUCAAGUCAUCUCACCUUACCCUAAAUCCCCACACCCCUCUUCCCUGAUCUUUAGUGGGACGCUUCUCCAUCGCAGAGCUGCGAGGAAGACUAUUAUUAUUCAUUAAAAAUAACUUUUUAUUACGGCUCUUCUCAAUCAGGAGUGGAGGUUAGCAUUGGUACAGGGGAUGUGUAAUGCAAUCAGGGUAAUUUGACACGACUAGAUUACUAGAUAGUUAAAAAUUAUUGCUCCAUAAAAAUAAAUCAUAUGUAAAUAAAAGGUGUAAGAAUGUAGAUUUUAUAAAUAUUUAAUUGUAUCUUUUGUACACCGACCAGGCAUAGCAUUAUGACCACAGACAGGUGAAGUGAAUAACACUGAUUAUCUCUGAAGAUAUAUUAGGCAGCAAGUGAACAUUUUAUCCUCAAAGUUGAUGUUAGAAGCAGGAAAAAUGGACGAACGUGAGGAUCUGAGCGAGUUUGACGAGGGCCAAAUUGUGAUGGCUAGACGACUGGGUCAGAGCAUCUCCAAACCUGCAGCUCUUGUGGGGUCUGCAGUGGUCAGUAUCUAUCAAAAGUGCUCCAAGGAAGGAACAGUGGUAAACCGGCGACAGGGUCAUGGGCGGCAUGUGGGGAGUGAAGGCUGGCCCGUACUGUAGCUCAAACUGCUGAAGAAGUUCAUGCUGGUUCUGAUAGAAAGGUGUCAGAAUACACAGUGCAGCACUGUUUGUUGUGUAUGGGGCAGCAAAAGGGGGACCAACACAAUAUUAAUAUCGGUGUAUAUAUCAUACAGAUAAAAAAGAUGGAACGUUUGUUCCUAGUACCAUACCUCAGCAGUUAAGGUACUCGACUAGUAGUCAGAAGUUCAAGCUGCCAUUGUUGGGCUCCUGAGCAAGACUCUCAACCCUCAAUUACUCGAGUUGUAUUUAAUGAUAAUUGUAAGUCGCUGUGGAUAAAAUGCUGUAAAUGUAAAGUAAAUGCAUCUUUGUUACUCCAGAAGUUACAGUGAGGUAUAAAAAGUUUCCACAGUAUCUGUUUUAAAUGCAUUUCCAUUCAUUUUCCCUCCCAAUCUAGUUGUAUCUAAUCUACCUGUACAUGCACUCCUGACCAAGUAGUCGACCACUUCCUUUCACCUGCACCAGGUAUCUAGCACAAAGAGUCACCAGCCGAUCUCCAUCAUCCCCCGUCUCUGUGCAGUUCCAUCCAUCAGCCAGCAGAGGUCUAAACUGCAGCAGUUAGGACCGUGGUGGGCAAACUACGGCCCGCGUUAGUCUACGUUAGUUUAUUAGUUAGUCUGUUUAAUCCAGCCCGCUGAGUAUUUACAAAAUUUUCCUAUAACCCCAUUAAUAUCACCUUUUUCCUGCACUACCCUGCGUUUCAAUUGAUUCCACUAGAUGGCGCACGCCAAACACUACCGACCUUUGCUAAAGCCGAGUCUAUCUGGUCUACACACAGAUAUUCAUUCGUCACAUCUGCCAUCGCACUGAGCUUUGGUACCCCUCUGGAGUCGCCUAUCGCGCCAGCGUGAUCUAACCACUCGGCUGGUUCAAAACGUCACACAUAAACCAUGAACUUAUGUCGAAAGUGCUGCUUUAAACGCUGAAGUGGUUUUGUUUAGUGAGUGAUACACCAAGUAGAAACACCAAGCAGAAACAAUGAUAAAACAAUAAAAAAUACAUAAAAAUCACAUUCACACAUGUGUAAACGUGCAGAUAAUGGGGUGA